ACUGGCAUGAUAAGUAGGCCAACCUAUGUGAGGGGCUUCAUUGUGGAUAUGAAGUGGCUCAAUGUAUGUCUGUGAUGUUUAGGAGCACUUAACAUUUUAAUCAAGAUUUGAUCAAACUCGGAUGAUCAAAAUCUGAUUAAAAAUGUCUCAUCACAAACUGCCCAAAAUGGUUGAGCCUAGAGAAGAUCCAUCUCAGUCUCCUCAUCCAUCAUCAAACAGUUCUGAGCACACGCGUCCAUGUCCAGCAAUCCCCUCAGACUUUUGGAAAGAGAUUGAGUCAUCUCCUUUAACCAAAUAUCUCCAGGAUCUCUCUGAAGAGGAAUGGUUACAUUUAAGUGAGGCAAUGCGUGAUCCUAUGACAAAAGUACAGUUUUUUGAAGUGUGCAUGUCCAUUGUGAAGAUUGUCAGUCUAAGCUCCAUGAAACUUGUUAUACCAGCUUAUAUUCGCAUGCUGCAAGAGGCUAAAACUAAAGGCUCCUCAAAAUCCCCAAACGUUGCAGCCAAUUCCUCAGCACAAGACAUCGCUAAAAGUACUCUGGAGCCAUUGGAGACUGUAAUCGAACUCACAGGUGAGGGUGUCCAGCAGUGUGUAGCAGAAAAUCUCAAGUCACUGGCUGCCAACGAGUCCGAGAACGCAGACGCAUCCUCCUCUUCAGAUAAGCUCACCUGUGCUGUUGUGAGGGAAGUGAUGUUCAGGAUGAGAGCCACCCUCACAGCUUUGGGGAAGAGCGUUGCGCAGGGCUCGCACCGUGGGGCUGAACGCAUGAUCCAUCAGGUCACAAGGAGGAUUACUGCAUGCCUGACUUCACAAAAAGCUCAGCAACAGUCAGGGUCUACUCCGGAGAACAGGAGCUUAGCCUCAGAUGUGGCAAACACCACAGGAGAGGUGAUGGCCGUGGUCAUCCAAACCAUGGAGAGUCACCUGGACGAUCAAGAGGAUCAACAUGCAAAAGAAGUCCUAAGCACUAUGGCAGCGACUGUGAAAAUGAUGACUGAGACUGAUUCUGCCGCUCUGGAGCAUCCUCAUGAUCUAAUGGACAUCAGCCAUUUGAAGGGCCAAAGCCAGACACAAAAACAAGUAAGGUCUUCUAGUAGGCAUACAACUCAAAGCAUAGACAAACUCUCAGACAGAGAGUUCCAGGAAAAAGCAAGAAAUGCCGUCAGUGAUGUGCUAAUAAAGAGAUUUCCAGGCUCCACAACUCAGCUCACACGACCGUCCAGUGCUGUGAUUGAUCAGAGUAACCACUGUCGGGAUGAAAACGGGGGGACUCCAUCUGUGUCCGUGGCUGAUUUAGCAGCAUCUACAAUUACGGAGCUGUUUGUAGAGGAGAUGAUGUACAUGGUGGAGUCUACUGAAAACUUCAUUGAGCAAAAACCUACACAUGGUGAGAAAAAUGUGCAGGGUGCCGCCCUUGAGAUUUACCAGAAAAUGAAAAACUCGGUUAUGGAUAUUUUUAACAUGCAAAAGCUAGAAUCUCUUGAAGAGAGAUCAACAGAAGCAGCUGAAGCUCCAGGCAUUGAUCAAGAUGUAACAACAUCUGAAGAGGACGUUGAGUCAUGCACUAAAGAAAUUGUGAGUAAGAUUGUGGUCUUGUAUAAGUCGGUGAGUGAAAAUGAGGACGUCAACUCACUUGAUAGUCGAACCUCCAGAGAGUCUUUGGUAAAAACGAAUUUUGUUGACAAUGUUUUUGCCCAACUUGAGAAUUUGACACAUGGCUCUGAAGACAUCCAAGUGGGUUCGAAUAACGAGUUACGGUUAGAUCAUCAAAAGAGUGGUACCAGCGUUAAAAGCUCAAGCCAAGGUGCCACCCCUCCUGAAAUGUGUCUUCAUACACUCUCUGAUAAGAGCUUCCAAACAGCAGCUAUCGAGACUGUAAGUGGCAUUCUGAAAAAGUCUGUAACAAAUUUACCCAUUCCAACUGAGCCUGAGAUUUCAGCCAAUGCCACCAACCAGGGCAGCGAAGAGGCUGCAUGUGAAAUUGUUGGGUCAUUUGUCCAGGACGUGGGUAGUUUUGCACAGCUCAUUCAAGGAUCUGAAUCUGUAGAGGGGUCUGGGAGUGCACCCACAGAAGCUCCUGCACAUAAAUGUUCUGAAACCGAUAACCAGAAAACUACAGCUGCAUCUAAAAUAUACCAAAACGUCAAGACAGGGGUGAAGAAAUAUGUAAUAGCCAACAAGCUGUUCCAAAAUAAGACAAAAAAACCUGUUAAAGGAGAGGCUGCUCCUUUUCUGGAUGCCAAGGUCACUCCUCUGGAAACCAGUUCUCCCCUACACACUCUCAAUGAAGUUGAUUUGGAAGCAGUUGACUCAUGCACAAAGAGUGUAAUUGGAGAAAUUAUUGGAGUGUACAAGUCAAAGGCGUCAGAGGAAGGAACAGAACCGACAAUCCAGGAUGUGGGGGAAAUUCUGUCAGAGUUGGAGAGUUUGAGCCACUCAACCAACCCCCCAAAAAGUGUUUCUCGGGGUUCUAAGAACAGAUCAAGUGCAUCCUCAAUUCAACACCUCUCUGCUGCUCUGCAGAAACUCUCAGGUGAAAAUGUGUUUAAUCAAGUAAUCCAGCAAGUCAGUAAAGUGUUGCUUAAGUCUGUACAAGGCCUUACAGGUUCUGAAUCUUCAGUGCAUCACGAUGGUUCUGUGGGCGUUUCAGAGGCAGGGUUGACUGCACUGGAUAUCACUGACACAGUUGUCAAGGGUGUGGAGAGCCUGUUACAAUGCCCGGAAAGUUUGGAGAUGACAAGCCAAGAGGCUGGUGUCACUGAACCACUGGUCACCUCCCAUAGCUCAACAGAGAAUGCAAAACCAUCUAACAUCUUCUCCAUUACACAGGGCCUAUUUCAAAACCUACAGAGAAAGGUGAACGGCUUUCUCUCAAAACACCAUGCUUCAGAUGGUAAGAGGAGCCAGAAUGAUACCAAAGAAGCUCUUAGUACUGUACUUAUUUCAACUGAAGAUAGACAACCAGGCUCAGAUGACUCAACAAAGGGGUAUGGUGCACUCUCAGGUUUUUCUCUAGAGGAAAAUCUUCAGACACUCUCUAAAGACCUCACUGAACGUAUCAAAUGUGUUCUCUCGGACAGCAACUCAGACCCUCAAGUUAUUACACUGAUAGCAGGGAAAAGCUCAUCCGAUUCUGCGCUUGUCAUGAAAGAAAACAGACAUGCACAAAAGAAGAAGGACGCCGCACUCAAAAUGGUAUAUGUCUUUGCCGAGGAGGCAAUAAGAUAUAUGCUUCAACCACAUUUUAGACUUCCAUCAAAACUGACCACCAAUGAAGGAUUUCCUGUACGGCCUGUUUACAGUGACGCCAUUGAUCUUUUCACUAAAGUGAUGGUGCACCAAGUAAUGAAUACUGUAGAGACAGUUGUGGAACAGGGGGGCAGUGUUCGAUCGGACAAAGUUCCGGCCAGCAGCAGACCAUCUAGUUCUACAUUCAAUCAUGAGUUUGUCCUUCAACAUUUAGAUGAGAACACAGAUACAACAGAUUCCUCCCUUCCCCUUUUGGACUCUGAUGAAUACUCCUGCUUGGUCACCAUGCUGAUCCUGAGGUUACUUUCGAAGAUCAAAGAUCAACAACUCGUUUCUGCCGAUCUCAUAGAUGCCACCAGAGACCUAAUUGAGAGGGUUCUCUUGGAGUUUACAGAUGUUUCAAGAGUCCCAAAGUCAUCAACACACCCAAAGAAUGCCAAAGUGCAUAAGGUCUACAGAAUUGUUUAUGAUUACCUCAUGAAGGGGCUUGGCACCACCACUGCUCUUAAGGCUAUUGAGACACAGGAUCUCUCCUUUGACCAACUGCUGAUCAUGGCCUUGACAAAACAACUACUGCACACAUGUGACACACAAGAUCCAACCACCCAGAAAACACCCCGACCUGGGAAGACUCCCAAAUUGAAGAUCAACCUAAAGAGACAUAAGUUAGGCAAUGCCAACGUGAGCCCAGUGCAGGGGGAUCAAGACACAAACCCAUGUGAAGGCACCUCAGCCCAUCCUCCUCCUGAGGAUGGUGCUUCACCAGAGCCUAACGACUGCUCUGCCAUCUGCAAGAUGUUUUCAUGCUGCAAGAUGAAGAAGUGAGAAACCAGCUUGACAAUCACAAUAAAAACACUGCAUGCACUCA